AUGCGUCGUCGUCAUGGUAACCGCGGCGGAGUCGCCCCGUCAGCCGUCGUCCGUGGAGUCCCAGAGGGCGCCAGACAGAACGAGGCCCAGCAAGAGUGGCGAGGCGGUUACGGAGGUAACGGCGGAGGUUACGGCGGAGAUUACGGAGGUCACGGCGGAGGUCACGGAGGCGGUUACGGAGGUAACGGCGGAGGUUACGGCGGAGAUUACGGAGGUCACGGCGGAGGUCACGGAGGAGGUUACGGAGGUAACGGCGGAGGUUACGGCGGAGAUUACGGAGGUCACGGAGGAGGUUACGGAGGUAACGGCGGAGGUUACGGCGGAGAUUACGGAGGUCACGGCGGAGGUCACGGAGGAGGUUACGGAGGUAACGGCGGAGGUUACGGCGGAGAUUACGGAGGUCACGGCGGAGGUCACGGAGGAGGUUACGGAGGUAACGGCGGAGGUUACGGCGGAGAUUACGGAGGUCACGGCGGAGGACGCGGAGGAAGUUACGGCGGAGGUCACGGCGGAGAUUACGGAGGUUACGGCGGAGGUCGCGGAGGAGGUUACGGAGGUCACGGCGGCGGCCACGGAGGAGGUUACGGGGGUAACGACGGCGGUUACGGAGGAGGUUACGGAGGUAACGGCGGCGGCCACGGAGCUCUGAACGGCGGCUACGGCGGUCGCGGUGGCAGCCACGGCUACGGCGGACACGACGGUGGAUUCGUCGGCAGCUUUGGCGACCUGGGUGUCGGCAGCCUCGGUCUGAACAACUUCGGCGGAGAAUACGUCGACGUCGAAGGUUUCACGUUCAACCAGGGCCGUGACGACGCCGCCGCCGCCGCUCCGUACGGCUCGCAGCUGAAGUCGAAACCGGCAGUCGUCGGCGACCGAUACAGAUCCGGAUCCGCCAAGCAGUACGAGAGCAGUUCGGCCGACAGAAGCGGAUCCGGAUCGGGAGAGGCCGGAGUCGCUAUCAGCGCCGCCCGCAAGGCGAAGCAGAGUGCUGCCCAACAGUUCAGCCAGGAAGCGGCCGGGGAGGGGUACGCCAAGAAAGGAGCCGCCUACCGCUUCCACGGGUAUCCGCGCGUCGACUACCAGCCCGUGUACACGAGGCCGGCGAAGGUCCACUACGGCAAGACCUACCGUAAACCGUACGCACAUCAACAGCGGUCCUACCACUAAACCACGACACCACGACAGAGAUGGUGAGGCGGGAAAAAGGAGAACAAGACAGAGAGAGAAGAAUAGAGAGACGGCAGAAAGAAGCGAGCAAGAUUUAGAUGCAAAGAACUGUUAGCGUUUGCGGAUGAUUUCCUCCCGACUCGGUAAAUGCGACUAAAAAACACACACCCGUACCAACAACGCCACGUUCUAUCCGUCCGUCGGACACUAGUAGCCUCGAAUCUUAGAAAGCGCUUUGCUCGGUAUUAAACAAAGAUGGCGCCGGCACUGUCUUCUGUUCCGUGACGUCACGGACACACACUCGAUUUCGACGAAUCGCAGCACAGGUUGAACAGAUCUUCUCGUUGCUGAAUCUUGUAACUUAACAGAGAAACCGAUGAUAAGGAUUUGAUAACUUCAUGGGAAACAUGAAUGACGCGCUUUGACCAGCACGUGUUAAGCAAUUGUGACAUUUAUAAGGCCAUCGUAUUUAUUGUUUGUUGUUUGUUAUUCUAUAUAUUUUAUUAAUAAAUAGUUUUGCACUGUUUAAA